GUAACAAAGCGGCAUCCUUUGUGGUUGUGUGUACCGAGUGUACAUGACUAAUCCAAGUGACAGUCCUACUGUGGAUUGGCAAACGCCCAUACACGGAAAAAGUAUUAUUAUUAACUCAGUUUCCCGGAACCCGGCAGUUGUUUAAGUUCUUCCAUUUGCAGUACGCCAGUUUUCGCUGGGGGUGAAAAGUAGAUGGCGUUGCGCGGGAUGUUAGUUUAGAUAGGGGCGUAGCUGGCCGGGGAUGCUGCGUAUCAUCUGCCGGUGACGGAGAGGAAAAUGUUCGUUAACUGUUGCGGUCGGAAGAAGGCGAAGACCAGAGACGCGGAAACCCAGAGCGAUAACGAUGUCUUGGGUGGUAUCAGCAACGUGAGUACCACCCCGACUCCAAGCACCGUGAAGGAGCUGGUUUGCGAAAAGCCGGUGAUGGCAUCGGGCGUACCUAGCAACUCGAAUUCUGAUAAGAUCGACAUUGAACUGGAGAAUGAUAUCAUCGAUGACGAUGAUGUGUUCUGUGAGGGUGUUGUGUCGCCGAUCGAGCUCGCUGGCAACCUAGGUGCUGGACCUCCGGUGCCAAAAUGGUUCUCAAAGGAUGAGGACGAGGAGCAGGUGGAGGUCGGUGGCAUACAGGAACCUCCAGCUACUCCGAUCGGCAAGGACGAGCUGGCCCUACGCAGACACCGCUUCUUCUCAGAACUCAUGAUCGCAGCACAGAAUGCCAGUGAACACAAGGUGCAUUUUGAUCCGCUGGGACCAGUCGUGGCCGGUGUCGGUGCCGUCGAUUCGCACCAUACGCAAGAUUUAGAAGCAUUAGUAACUAGACUCGAAGAAGUUACAGUUCGUUUAGAAAACAUCUGCUUGCCGGUUGAAGAAUUGUUGAAAGUCCGCGAGGGAAGUAGUCCAAUUUUUGUCGAAAUGAGCGUUCAAGGAUAUCAAGAUAUCAUCCAGGGCGCGUUCGCCCAAUAUUUGGCUGUAUCCAGCCAAAUUGGAGGUGACGUGGCCACCCACAGUCAGAUGGUCAAGAAGGCCUUCGAUACCCAAUUUCAAUAUUUGACAAUCGCCAGCCAAUCAAAACAGCCGGCCCAAGCAGAUAUUAAUAAUCUGUUGCAACCUACGGGACAAUGCAUUACGACAAUCCAAGAAUUCAGGGAGAAGAACCGCGGCUCGCAAUACUUCAAUCAUCUCUCAGCAAUUAGCGAAAGCAUCCCAGCUCUCGGCUGGGUCGCUGUGAGCCCAGCACCCGCUCCUUAUGUGAAAGAGAUGAACGAUGCCGGUCAGUUUUACACCAAUCGUGUAUUGAAGGACUGGAAGGAGAAGGAUAAGAAGCACGUCGACUGGGCCAAGGCCUGGGUGCAAACCUUAACCGAAUUGCAGGCUUUCGUCAAGCAAAACCAUACUACUGGUUUCGUAUGGACCGGUAAGGGUUCAGCACCGGUCGGCUCUGUACCGCCGCCACCACCUGGAUGCCCACCACCUCCACCAGUUCUCUGUGAUCUUGGCUCUGCCUCAGAUGCUAACAACGAUCGUUCCGCCCUUUUCGCUGAAAUUAAUCAAGGCGAAAACAUAACCAGAACCUUAAAGAAAGUUACUGCUGAUAUGCAGACGCAUAAAAAUCCAACAAUCAGGCAAGGACCGGCUCCAUUCAAGGCACCUAAUCCGGUUGUCUCUUCCGUUGGAGCCAAAGCUGCACCAAUCGAUAAGCCACCAAGUUUCGUAAGGGACGGUAAGAAGUGGCUUAUCGAGUACCAGAAAGGCAAUCAAAAUCUUUUGGUUGAUGGAGCCGAGAUGAACAAUGUCGUUUACUUGUACAAAUGUACCGACUCUACGGUAACAGUGAAGGGAAAAAUCAACUCGAUCACUUUGGAUUCCUGUAAGAAGACUUCCGUCGUCUUCGACAGCCUCGUCUCCGGUGUUGAAUUCAUUAACUGCCAAUCUGUACAGAUGCAAGUUCUUGGCAAGGUGCCAACAAUUUCAGUAGAUAAGACUGACGGAUGUCAGAUCUACUUGAGCAGCGACUCUUUGAACGUCGAAAUUGUCAGCUCAAAAUCAUCGGAAAUGAACGUUCUAGUCCCAAGUGCAAGUGGAGACUACUCUGAGUAUCCAAUUCCGGAGCAGUACAAAACUACCAUCGUUCCCGGCAAGGGCUUAGCAACAAUGAUCGUCGAAAACAAAGGCUAAACCAUUAAUAAUCAUCAAGAAAAACCUUUUUAAUUAUAUAAAACGAUUUUUCAAUUUUAUACAAAAUUAUGUAUCAUUUCUACAUAUGAAUUAAUUACUCUGUAGCUCAAUAUUUAUUAUUAUUACUAUUAUUAAUUUGGUUGUGGCUUUCAUUGAUUCAAAUUUAAGAUAAAUAUAACAAACAGUCCA